UUCUUUCCUCCCCUCGUCCACACGACCAGCCGUUUUCGCGCGCUGUGCAUGCAUAUGGCUUUUCUUUACAAAGUCUGGCGCUGAUCGAGGCCCCAUCCGACGGACGCCGCCAAACCUCCAGCCGCCUCCAACUGCGCCCUUUUUUAGUUGACCACCUGUGCCGCUUCACCACCACUCAAAUACCCACGUUGUCGCUGCUCGCUGUUUUGGGAGAGUGCGCACUACACUCUAGAUCCUCAAAUUGAUUCCAACCACAGCCCAUAGAUGCCGCCCCAGCCGACUGUCCGAGAUUUCUGCUGCUUCCGGAAGCGAAUGCAGAGAUGAUCAUGGGCCGCUUCCAUUCGAAAGGCCAUUUCCUCGACAUCCACCAUGCCAACGCUGGCUAUUCCUCCACCACCGCCACCACCACCACCACAACUACCUGGCAGCCUCACUCACACAUCUACUCGGCCUCGACGAGCUACAUCACUCCUUUGAGACUAGCGCCGAGGGAGGAAACGACCCGCAUCUCUCUCCAGCGACAACGGUAUCAGGAACAGCAUGCAAAGACGCUGGUGAGCACGAGUUCCAUUCCCGGCCUCAAAACCUCUGCUGCUUUCUUCGCCUCGCUUCGUACGAAUUUGAGGUUACACGACUCUCCACCCGCAAGCCCACUUUCCACGCCAAACUCCAUGCGAGGAUCGACCACAACCUUGCUGCCGCCGCCUUCACCUCUUGCUGGUCCCGUUCUCACCGUCGACAUGGACGCUCCGGACACGCCUUUACCGCAAGACAAUCCCCUGGCAGGCGUGCCCGAGUUAUCGUCGUAUGUCGCGACUGACGAGUUCGAGAAGAGGGAGGCGUUGAAGUUGGUGGCAGACAGUGUGGCACAGCAGCGGCAAGCAGCCAACCGAGCACUGCUGUCGCAUCCGCUCAAUGUGGCUGUCGUCGUUGGGUCGUUGGCGUUCCUGGCGAGAUACAUGCAGAAUGCACGCUACGAUUGGAUUGCCACGACUUUAACUUGUAUGGGCAUCUUGAUGACUGCCAUGGCAGGGUGUCGCUAUGCGACGCAAGAGUAUAUUCGUGCUGCGGAGGAUAUCAACUUCGACUGGUUAGGCGAUGCGGAUAUCCUGGUCACGAAGUUUGGAGACGAAGUAAUAGGAACGGUGAUCGUGGAAUGGGUGUCUGGAGAGAGUCGAACAAAGAAAAAAAAGGCAUGGAAAGGUUUCGUAAGAGCAUGGACAGUGCGACUAAAAUAUCGACACAAAGGUGUGGGAGCAGCACUGUUAGAAGAUGCCGUGAGCGCCGCGAAGAAGAAAGGUGCCGAGUCAUUGGAAUUCGCAGAAGACCAUGCGAACUCUCGGCGUGUGCUUCCGAAGUUGUAUAAUGGUACCUUGAACCACUACGAGGCCAAGGCGAUAGAGCAAUUACACGAUUUGAUGGAGUCCAGCCCGCGGAAGGGAGGGAAACGACGACUAACGAAUUAAAGAGAAACGAAUCGUGCACGGAACUUGUACAGACAUAGAAUUCCAAAUUAAUACACUUUGCGCGGUUUGCGAGAGAAUUCGAGACCACGACUGCGGUGGUCUGGAUGUGCUGAGACGUGUGGUAUCGCAUUAGUUCUUGA